AUGCGCCAAAAUGACAAAGCCGUUCUCACUCUCGAUCUUCGGGGCGCGUUCGACAAUGUCAAACACAGUAGCAUUCUCGCUAAUGUUUCCACCACAAACUGCGGACAGAAGACUUUCGACUACAUCCGCGCUUUUCUUUCUAAUCGCGCCGUCUUCAUCCGCCUCGAUUCCACCGAGCACGGCCCUUACCCACUAGGCACACGGGGUACACCUCAAGGAGCUGUCUUGUCACCUCUACUCUUCAACUUGGCCAUGCUGAACCUCUCCUCCCUCCUGCAGAAGGUCGAGGGGAUACACCAUGCGCUCUAUGCUGACGAUAUUACAAUUUGGACCAACACCGGCUCUCCGGAUCAAAUCGAGGAACGCCUACAACAGGCGGCCCUUCUAGUGGACACUUACGCCGCUUCUUGCGGCCUAGAGUGUUCCCCAUCCAAAUCGGCACUCCUAUCAGUCUCCCGCCUACCGCCACCCCAGAUUUCUCUCCCGUCCGGCCCUGUCCCAUCGGUCCAGGACCUUAGGAUUCUCGGGGUUCACCUCUCGUCCUCCCUGGACCCUAAGGGUACCAUAGCUGCUCUCCGACGCACCAGCGAACAAGUGAGCCGUAUGAUUCGGCGGGUCUCUACCAAGCGUGGCGGCCUCCGAGGGACCCAGUUCCUCCAGUUGGCCCAAGCGUUUGUGACCAGUCGGGUCCUCUACGCCUCACCAUACCUUCGCCUGCGUCGUCACCACGAACACCAGCUGGAUAUUCUUCUCCGCUCCGUGUACAAGCGCGCGCUGCACCUGCCCAUCAUUACUUCCAAUCGCCGCUUUGCUGCCCUGGGGGUGCACAACUCCUUCGCGGAGCUGCGGGAAGCCCAUCGCGUCAAUCAACUCACUCGUCUGUCGCAGACGCCUUGCGCGCGCCGCCUGCUACACAGACUUGGCCUCAGUUCAAUCUCUAACCCGGUCCCUUCCUCCCCGAUACCGGAACUCUGGCGCCAGAAGCUAUGGGUGAAGCCACUUCCCCGCAACAUGAAUCCCGAACAACACCCCGGUCGCAGGAAAGCGCGUGCCGCAGCCCUCCAGGCGCGCCACUCCGAACGCCCCGGCGUAUUCUACGUAGACGUCUCGGGCCCCUCCCCCUCAGGUCACUUCACAGCCGCUGUGAUCACCGAGGGUCACCACGUCGAUGGCCUCUCGUUCAGAUCCGACACUGUAACUCAUGCAGAGGAGGUUGCCAUCGCUUUGGCCACCUCACACCCCACCACUCGCACUAUCUUGACAGAUUCGCGCUCAGCCUGUUCUCGAUACAUUCAGGGUUCCAUCACCCCGCUGGCGGCUAGUCUCCUUCGGGCCGCCUCUUGGCGUUUCAACCCUCACUCCAUCAGCAUAAUCUGGACCCCAGGCCACACAGGUCCUCCCGGCAACGAGGCGGCGAAUGCCGCUGCCCGCGCUUCUUUCCUCCGAGCCACUGCCACUUCAUGUCCUGUGUCGGAUCCUGGCAACUCGAGCCUCACACGCUGCAGCGAUAUUCUGGAUUAUUAUCGCACUUCGCGCCGACUCUACCCUAACCCUGCACGCGGUUUGGCGAAAGCGGACGAACGUUUACUGCACCGCCUUCAGACCAAUACUUUCCUUAGUACGGCGGUCGCCCGGCACUUCAUGCCGGAAAUCUCAGGCACGUGCCCGACUUGUCAGGUCCUCGCCGAUACCUUUCACGUUGUGGCUUCGUGGCCCGCCACUCCACUUUCUUUUUCAUCCCCUUUCCGCAUCCCUACUAGAGAGGCUUGGGAGGAGUACCUGCUCGGCUGCUCUACCUUGGAAGCUCAACCUUCCUUGGUGGCGCGCGCCCGGGCAGCGGCCAUCUCCAAUGGCGUCCCGGAAUAG